AUGAGGUUGGGGCCCGUGGUCCCUCUUAAGGAUAGUGUGACAUUGCGGGAAGAAGUCAUAUCUCAGUGGCAGGACUUAUGGCGAGACUUCCUGCAAAAUACCAGCCUCCAUGGCAGUAAGAAUAUCAAUUGUCACAAGCGUCAUAAAAUUGUCAGGGUGGUGUGGACUGUGUUGCUUUUGGCAAUGGCUGGAGUGUGUCUGAAGACGCUAACUGAUCUUUACAGCAGGUACUACAGCUACAGCUUCACCACCAAGAUUACAAGGGAACGCAAACAGCAGAUCAGGUUUCCUUCUAUCACUAUAUGUAACCGGAACAAGUUUCACAUAAGCCAAAAGAACCUUAAUGACACACAACUCAAUUAUCUUCGACAUACUGGGGACCUAGAAGAAAUAUACCCGUCUAUUGACUGGAAUGGGAAGGAGGGGACCGAGCUAAAUAAGAUGGAUAAUGUCAAAUUCUGGGAAAGAGGGGCAUACAAAGAAGAGGAUAUGUUCAAAAUGACAUAUUUCAAGAACCAACCUUUCAACGUGAUGAGGCUGAACUACAGUCAGAAACAAGAUCAACGCUGUUUCACAUUCAACGGUGGUGAUUUCGUGUCCGAAAAUAGCGGACUGACCUUUGUUAUUGACAUCAUGCAAUGGACCUAUUUGGAUGGAGGAGUAUACGAGGCCGGGGUUACGAUGAAAUACCUUCCGCACCCAUAUAAUUCCCGCGGGACGGACUGUGUGGACACGAAAGCCUCGCACUUUGUCAACCCCCUGGAAUGGUUCAAGGUGUACAGCUUUGACGGGUGUCUUCAGGAGUGCUCCAAUAAGGCUGCCAUGGAUGCCCUGUAA